AUUCAACUUCAUUUUCACAGACAUAUGACUCGUGCAUAUAUAAUACGAUAUAUAUCUGCCGGUAUCUCUAUAUAUGUGGAAUUAGUGCAGCGAUGCGCCCUGUUCCGUCCUUCAACCGAGCUCUCGGUCACGUCACGUAUCGGUUUGGGCGGACCCGGCGGUCCAUGGGGCCCGUGACGACCUGCGCAAAGGAAGAUAAGGGUGCCGCCUAAAAACAUAUUUUAUUGGACACACAUCGUUGCUAGGCGCUAAAUGAUGUCCGUUUUACAAGUGCACGAAACUCAGUGUGAAAGCCUGCGCAACUGUCACAUUAGGAGCGCGGAACCUUUGGGGAGGAGGUGUAUUAUCCGAGAUGAGGAAAGCGUUGCCGCAGUGGGCAAAUAAUCUGAUCAACGCUUCGGCACCGGCUUUUAUGUCGUUUGCACACGUUGACAUGUAUUGACAGGGGGUUUAUAGACCGAUUUGCGGCUUUCUGUUGAAAGUGGAGGUUUUAUGAGAGGUAUCGCAUUAUUUCAUUUCAAAUUCAGUGCGGGCCAUUCGGAGCGAUUUUAGCAGGAGAAAGCUGCGCACUUCGCACUUUUAUGACGGAUUAGACACCAUGACAACCUUUGUCAACCCCCCAACACGGUGAGUAAGAAAGACAUGUUGAUAACGAUUUGACUCUGAACACAUCAUAUUUAUUACUCAGCUAAUAAAGUGCAUUUGACGAAUGGAUUUGUGAUGGUAAUGUACAAUGCGCUGGAGUUUAAGGAGCUUGCCUCGUGCUUGAAAUUGGAGAUGCUCUUGCGCAUUUCGUACUUCUAGUUUUGUUUUUUGGACUAACCUUUAUACGAAUGGCAUCAGAAUACCUUUAGCUAUUAUAUGUUAAAGAGUUUUGCAGUCAGUCAUUAAAUGAUGCCAAACUGCGUCAGUACAAACUGGCGUUGCAGGUGCAUCCGUUCAAGGAGGACCAUGGAGACGACUGAAUGUCACAGAUAAGUGUCCUGAUAUUCACGGAUCAUGGAAAACCUGACUGGAUCAGGUUCUGAACAGCAGCCUCCGGGCCUCCCCUCCAAAAAGACUGUGAUUUAUGAAAAUGGUCACGAACAUUCCACUCAAGUGGACCCCGCAGCUACAGCACACCGAGGGGCCAGCGACCCUACCGCAUACCCCCUAUCGGAUUACCGGGGGAUGGUUCGGCAGAGGUUUAUACGCAGAAGUUUGUGGUUCUCCGAGUCGGAGGAUCAAGAACUCGACGCGUCGGAGUGCGACAGCAGCAGCAGUCCGAUCAAAAACGCGCAUCCGCGGAGCACACGCAUCCGAAAGAGCGCGAACGCGGAGAGUCAAGUCGAACAUAGGCAAGAUGUGAACGAGAACUACUGCAGAGAGCCAGAGGCCAGCGAGGCACAGCAAAAGCAAGAUGCUGAACUGGACAGGACUGUGGAGAAGGCUGGAAGCGACGAGAAUGACUGAGAGGAUGCCGGGAUGAAGGCGGUUUCCACCUCUCCAGGUGGACGCUUUCUGAAGUUUGAUAUAGAGCUGGGCAGAGGGUCCUUCAAAACGGUCUAUAAGGGUCUUGACACUGAGACUUGGGUGGAGGUGGCAUGGUGUGAACUUCAGGAUCGAAAGCUGUCCAAAGCAGAGCGUCAGAGGUUUAAAGAGGAGGCGGAGAUGCUGAAAGGCCUCCAGCAUCCGAACAUCGUGCGCUUCUACGACUUCUGGGAAUCUCCUCUUAAAGGAAAGAAGUGCAUCGUUUUAGUCACCGAACUGAUGACGUCUGGAACAUUAAAGACCUAUCUGAAGCGCUUCAAGGUAAUGAAGUCAAAGGUUUUGCGGAGCUGGUGCAGACAGAUUUUGAAAGGUCUGCACUUCCUCCAUACGAGGACCCCUCCCAUCAUCCACCGGGACCUGAAGUGCGACAACAUCUUCAUCACUGGCCCUACGGGCUCAGUCAAGAUUGGUGAUCUCGGCCUGGCUACACUGAAGAGAACUUCCUUUGCCAAAAGUGUAAUAGGAACUCCUGAGUUUAUGGCCCCUGAGAUGUAUGAAGAACAUUACGACGAAGCCGUGGAUGUGUAUGCAUUCGGCAUGUGUAUGUUGGAAAUGGCAACAUCUGAGUAUCCGUAUUCAGAGUGCCAGAACGCCGCACAAAUCUACCGCAAAGUCACCAGCGGAGUAAAGCCAGCUAGUUUCACCAAGGUUAGCGUUCCAGAAAUCAAAGAAAUCAUUGGGGAGUGUAUACGCCAUCGAUGGGAGGAACGAUACUCCAUCAAGGAUUUAUUGAACCAUGCGUUCUUCGCAGAAGACACGGGUGUUCGUGUAGAGCUGGCUGAAGAGGACGAUGGGACGAAAUCUCCCAUCGCUCUAAGGCUUUGGGUUGAAGACGCCAAGAAACUCAAGGGAAAGUAUAAAGACAGCGGUGCUAUCGAAUUCACCUUUGACCUGGAAACAGAAGUCUCGGAAACAGUCGCCCAAGAGAUGGUAGAUUCUGGCUUCUUUUUGGAUAGCGAUGUGAAGGUUAUCAGCAAGUCUAUCCGGGACCGUGUGGCUCUCAUAAAAUGGAGACGGCAGAGAAUCGUCUCGGGCAGCGAUGAACAAACGGACAAGAUCGUAACCAAAACAGAGACGCAGAAUCUCCUUCAGGCGCCCUCCACAGGGCUACCAGCGGGCGGACUGGAAACAGAGGAGCUGCAGAGUGAACCUAUCAGUCUGGUCUGCAGGGGCCCGGUCAGUGGGACUACAGCUACACCAGAAACCAGUGCAGAGUCAUCGAUGAUAACAGGCCAAGAUAAUACUUCCCAGCAGUCUCUUUCCGAGCUCAUCUCCACUGCUCAAAGGAUCGUAAGCCCUCCAGCACAGCUCCUGGCCCAACAGCCAUCCACUGCACACCAACAACAACCUGUUGUACAAAUGCACCAAGGGCUCCCGCAACAAACCAUAGGCCAGCUACUCCAAGGGACCCAACAACAGCCAAGCCCCCACCAGCUCCAGGGAAUCCAGCAACACCCCGGUGCUCCGCUGCAGCAGAUGGCACAAGCGCAGAUGCCCGGUUUAAUGCCUCAAGGACCCCAUCAGCUAAGGCAACCUCCAGUAAACAUGCACCAAACAUCCUACCAGCAGACACCUCCUUCUGCACAAGUGGUUUCAUCUAAGACGGUCUCCGCUCCAGCGACUCCUCUGCCACAAACUCGUCUGAAUCAACAGAGCGUGCCCUCUGCAAACCUCGUAACACAGCAAAACCAGACCGCCGUACCACUGACACAGGAGUUUCACCUCUAUUUCCAUCCCGAAGCUUUCCCACCUCAGACUUUUCAGCCCCUCGUGCCGGGACAUUCAGACGCUUCUAUUCCACAGCAUGUUUUACAAUCGGGGUCUUCAGUCCUCAGCGUAAGCGGUCUGCCUCCACAGCCACGGCUGAAUAUUCAGACGGCUGCACUUCUCCAGCCCCUGCAGAUCACCACACAGUUUCCUUCGACCUAUACUCUUUUGCCAGAAGGGGGCGCACCGACAGGGACAGAGCCAGUCUCUUUCUCCUCAGCCUCUUAUUCUUCUCCCUGCCCUACAUAUGCUCCUCCCGUCUCGCCUUACUAUUCACUGAGCCCCAUCACAGCUUCACUUCCGGUGGUAUCCAUGCACAACGUACCCUGCGUGCUUGGAGCGGGUACACCCGUGUCCACCCCUCUGAAUGUGCCCGCCUCUGUACCUCUGCUUGCUAUGGCCCUGUCCUCACCCACAGUUCCUCCCGAGCAAAUAUACUCCCCCGUCCCACCACAAGAACGCGCUCUUUUCCUAACCCAGCCCUCCUUGUCCCUCCCUCAGCAAGACCCAUCAAUUCCUGAAAUCCCUGUGACUGUGGUUGAGGAGCACGGUCACCACGAGCAUCCCCAGGUUCUGGCCUCAGCUCACAUGAUUCUGUCUCGGAUUCAGUCUCCUCCACAGGACGGCCAGUUAGAUGUGAGGUUUACCACCAUCCAAACUGAGACCAUGGAGCCCCCUGUUGGCAUACAGAUGGGAUGUGCUGUUCCUGAGAUCACCGGCGUGCCCACGACGACUCAACAAAUAUCUGACGCUACAUCAUUCCCGGUUCCCUCUACACUAGAACCCAUCCAAAUUCAAGCCAACACUGAGGCACCUGUAUCAAUUCCACUUCAUUGUUAUGUAAUGGACAGCUUAAAUCAAGAUGCAGGGUCUGGUAAAGAGAUGAGUGACACCUACGAAGGGCCCGGCGGUGGAGCAAAGGGUGACGGCAAACCCAGAAAACACCACCGCAAAUCUACUCGCACACGCUCGCGCCAAGAAAAAAUAAACAAGCCGAAGCUAAACAUGCUAAAUGUUAGUAAUAUGGGCGACAAAAUGGUUGAAUGCCAGCUGGAGACUCACAAUCAUAAAAUGGUGACCUUCAAAUUUGAUCUAGACGGAGACGCACCUGAAGAAAUAGCCACUUAUAUGGUGGAGAAUGGUUUCAUUCUACCGAUAGAAAAGGAAAUAUUUAUAGACCAGCUGAAAGACAUUGUGGACAAGGCAGAGGACAUUUUGAGCGAGGAAAUGGAUGGGGAGAAGACAUCAGAACUAGGGAAAAGUCAUUUGCAAGGACAAACCUCUGAAGAUACAGGAGGAGAGGGAUUGAAGGGACAGCAACCCGGAGCUCCUCAGCCAGUUUAUCAACAAAAUGUUUUGCACACAGGUAAGAGAUGGUUCAUCAUCUGUCCUGUGGAGGAGGCACCUGCUGUCAGUCAUGAGGCAUCCUCAGACGGUGGCCUGUCCACACAAUCUGCAUCUACAAUAACAAUAACGGAUGGAACGGCCACUGCUCAGCGGGGAGAGAAGGCCUCAGCCCAGCGUCCAGAACCCAGCACAGGAUCUGCUUCUGCAUCCAUGGAUUCAGAAGCCUGUGCCACAGCACCCCCAUCUGGAGGAAGUGAUCCUUACGGGGUUUGGAGCCCUCUGUCUAUGACCACUACAGACCCUCUUUCCUUAGCACCCCUCUCCCAAACUCCACCUGUUCCCCAAGUGGCCGCAAUGCAUGUGCAGACCUCUACCUAUUCGGAGGAGGGGACAAAUCUAGGCCCCGCCCACCUAAGUGCCCAACGCUCCCAACCGUGCCCGGAUCACCACAGCUCUCUUUUUGUGGACGACACCCAGAGUGCCAGAUUAAGCUCCGUGUCCCCAAUGCACACCGCUCAGCAGAUGGCUGAGGUUGCAUGUGCCGUCUCCAUGGUGGAGGAAGUACCCUGCUGCCCCCUGGUCAUGCCACUGUCCCUCGAAGUGAACAGUGGGCUACAGCGGUCGUCUUCUGCGAUACCCCCUCCACCGUCGCAGGACUCCACGUCUGCGCGCGAACAACUCCACUCCAUCACGUUAAGUCGAAUCGAGCGUGCCCCGCAGCCUGUGGUGCUGCAGCAGCCCGUGCCUGCUGUGGCCGGUCCCAAGGCACCUUCCCUGCCCCAGAGCCCCGCCCCUUCACAGCAUCACUUUGUCCCUGGGGAAUCGGACGGAGAGGGGCGUGGCAGAGGAGGGUUUGUUGACAGCACCAUCAAGACAUUGGAUGAGAAGCUGAGGAAUUUACUGUAUCAAGAAUACGCCCCCAUGUACCCGUCCGGGAGUGCUGCAGAGACUCCAGGAUCUGGCACGGAGUAUAUCCAGUCACCAUCGGGACCAGAAAGCGCAGUGGGAGGGUCGGGAAACAGCACGCCCAGUCUUAUGGGAGAGGGACGAUUUAGAGCAGGAGAACAGCUGCCACAGAUACCCGAGCGUGUUGACAGUUUAAGUGCUCUCAGUGACUCUGCUGUUGGAGUUACUGUGUCAAGAAGACAUGUGAUGCCACACUCCACAUCCUGCUCUGGAUCCAGAAGUCGAUUUAAAAUGAUGCCGGGCACCAUAGACAUUCUGUCGGGUCAAGGGCAUAAGCAGCGUAGCUUGAGCAGCACAGCGUCUCCAGCGCACCCUGGAGGCUAUUUGGGAGAAUGUGCCAUGUACGAGGAGCCAGAGAUUUCAGCCACCACCGUCGGACGUUUCUCAGUGAUGAGCGCAGAGGACGAGGUGACACGCAGGAAACAGACCAGCAGAUAUUCCGCCCCACCUGACUUUUAUUUAGACGCUCCACCUCCCCUGACCAAAAGAGACUCCCUGCCGAGGACACAGACCUCCAUCUCAGCAGACGUCACCGUUCACGCCCGCUUCAUGUCAUCUGACUCUGCCGAGAGCAGCCCUGCCAAAAUGGCCCCCACGACCCCCUCCCGCCAUGGACGCUCAGAAAGGAGAGGAAGUGACCUCAUGAAAAGAGCGGUGGCGUUUCUGAGACGAUCGGGGCGCAGUAGCAGCGUGCAGAGCUCUGAUUCGCCGAGCAGAAAGGGGGGCGUGUACGGAUCCUGCGUCAGCAGUGACAAUGACUCGGAAAUGGAGGAUUCAGACGUAAAGAGGGAACUUCAGAGACUGAGAGAAAAGCAUAUGAAGGAGGUUUCAGAACUGGAGGCUCACCAAAGAGAAGAAAUCGAGCUUCUGUAUAUCAGAUUGGGAAAACCGCCACCGCCAGGUCUUUACAUCUCGUCCACAGCGCCCCCUCCUGGACGCAAACGCAGAACCAGCAAGCACAAACUGAAAGCUGGCAAACUGCUCAGUCCGCUUGUACAACAGCUGAGAAACGUGGCAUCUAAAACCAGCGAUGGCAGCAAAAGCAACGAUUUAACAAAAACUGCCGAAGCUGCUCUGAGCCUGAAUGGUUCGCCCGCCAAAGCUCCUAAUCUGUUUGACGGCAGGGGAUAUACCGGGACGGGGACUCUGCCCUCUUCUGUAUCCGAGCCGGUUCAGACCCAACAGCCCUGCUCUCUGAAAGGAUCUCUGUCCUCUGAUAACAUCUACUCCGGCCCGCAGGGUGAAGGGUCGGGACCACGCUGCCUGCCCGCUCAAGGUUGGCCACCUUCUCCACAGGCGUCUGCACAGGUCACCUAUAAAUCCAGCAGUAAACCACGGGCUCGAUUCCUCAGUGGGCCUGUUUCUCUAUCCAUCUGGUCGACACUUAAACGCUUGUGUCUGGGCAAAGAACGUGGCAGCAGGUCUGGAACUCCAUCAGGUGCCUCCCCGAUGCCUCCUCGAUUCACUCCCCCGCCUCACCAGCCCAUGGGUCUCGCUCAAGCACAGACGAACAACAGUAACAAUAAAACAAACGCGUUCACGCAACCCCUCAACGGACGGCUGAAUAACUGGACAGAAGAUGUGAGGUCUCCCUCAAGCUCCAUCCAACCACAGCAAGCAGCCAGAGGCCGGAUCUGGAGCGCUGUAGAGGAUUCAUGGCCAACAGAGAGAAGGAGCGUUUCCCAGCUGCCUCUGGGGAGAUUCUCAUGGCCACGAAUAGAUACUCAUACCGUCACAGUUACGGCUGACGGUUUCAUGGUGCCUGAUAACCCGUAUCGGAAACUUUUAGAAAUGGACCGCUGGCCAAUAACGAAAAACAAUGAAAUCUUAGCUUUCCCCGCCGUGCAUUCGCCUCCGUGGACAGCACCUUCCUCUCCAAGCGACCUUCCGGGUUUUAGAUCUAAGAACAUGUAGCUUUCCAUCGGUCUCCUUAUACUUCUCACACUGACGUCAAAAUAUUUACUCCAAAUAGUUUCUUUUACAUGCCGGUUAGUCGUUUCAGUGUGCAAAUCUGUUGCAGUCGCUAGCAUGUCGUUGUUUACAAUGCACAAUAUGUAGUAAUCUCACAUGAAGCUGUAAAUAUACAGUCCCCAGUUCAUUGAGCUAUUUGUGGUGAAUCAUUUAUGUAAAUUCAGUAUUCUUGUACAUAUCCAUAUUGCCUAUGUAGCACUGACUUUUGGCGAAGGCUAUGUACAGAAUGUAUAUAUUUCAUCGGAACCUGUUUAGCUUGCUUGUGUUUGCGCAGGAUCGACUCCCUCAGUACCUUGAGCUGUACACAAAUGUAAAUGCAAUAAGUUAAAAUGCCCUUGAGUUUGUGCGGAUAUGUACAGUAUAGGCACUGUUUAUAUACUGUAAAUAUAAACUCUGUCUGCGGAUGUGCAUAAAUCGAAUAUGAGUCAUCGAUUGAGAUUUAAAGUGUGUAAGUGUGAACUGAUUUGUUGCUUGGAAAAUGAACACAAAUGUAACAUGAUUGUAUAUUUUUUAAUCAUGCCGGCGGCGAUCACUGAUUUCACACGGCAUGCUUGUGAAAUAACAAACACUUGCACUGGGAAACAAAGGAGAACUGACUGUACAUUUAAAAUGACAUAAUAGUGCCUGUGAUGUACUGAGUAUCACUCAGUGUUGAAGGGGUAAAAAUGUCUUCUUUUGAUUUUUUAUGUGUUAGGAUUAUCCCACUACCUAAAUUUUUCAUCCUGAAGUUAAUGGGGUCCGUUAUAUGUGAUACACAUUUAUAAAUUGUAAUCUAACACUAGUUCAGUUACGUGUCAUUUCGGCUAGGAGUGGACUUAGAGUCAUAUAGUUUUCACGAAACACAGGUAUUUUUCUGGAAGGGUGUCUUCAUGAUACUGGGUGUGUCCCAAUUUAUUUCUGGACCCAUGAAUUUUUGUAGACGCCCUCGAUACAGCACAAGGCAAAUUACACAGACAUAUUUUAUUUGA